ACCGGAAAUGUACCCAUUCCACUUCCCUUGACUAUAUUAGCGUAGCUAGUUGCUACGACGCAAGGGGAAUUGUUCAGCUUCGAGUUGUAUUUCAGCCGACUUCUUCCAGCCGAAUAAACUGCAACGUCUGGAUUCGCACAGAUAUGUCGCACACUAUCCUUUUGGUUCAGCCGACCAAGAGACCCGAAGGCCGGACAUAUGCAGACUACGAGUCGGUGAAUGAAUGCAUGGAAGGUGUGUGCAAAAUGUAUGAAGAACAUUUGAAGAGGAUGAAUCCAAACAGCCCGUCCAUCACAUACGAUAUUAGUCAGUUGUUUGACUUUAUUGACGACUUGGCAGAUCUCAGCUGUCUUGUUUACAGAGCUGACACCCAGACGUACCAGCCGUAUAACAAAGACUGGAUCAAGGAGAAGAUUUAUGUCCUGCUGAGGCGUCAAGCUCAGCAAGCAGGGAAGUAGAAAGAAGUCUUAUCGCUUUUGUCCUUCUACACACAUCUGAAAAAGGUAUAUUGUGUAAAACAUUUACAUUUCCGUUAUUUUCUGAGAUAUGUGUAAUGGGACAACAGAGUACUAUAAAGGGAGGAUGCCCAUAUUUUAUAUUGGGGAAGGCUUAGGUUGUAAGGCACAUGUUUGUUACCAGUUACAUUUAGAAAAUAGACUCCUUUUAGCAAAAUGAAAACAUUUUACCUUUCUUUUUCUCUGUCAUCUGUCCUCAUUUUAACGAAAGCCAAUACAUGUGUUGUCAUUUACUGUAUACCGUAUUUUCUGGACCACUAGCCGCCCUGGUAUGUAAGCCACGGCCACCUAAUUUUUGAUGAUUUGUUUUUCCAUAUAUUAACCGCACCGGACACACAGGACAGGCCAAACGUUUGGACACACCUUCUCAUUUCAAUGCGUUUUCUUUAUUUUCAUGAUUAUUUACAUUGUAGAUUGUCACUGAAGUGAAAACCCUAUUAGGUGACUACCUCUUGAAGCUCAUGGAGAGAAUGCCAAGAGUACGCAAAGCAUUAAUCAGAGCAAAGGGUGGCUAUUAUGAAGAAACUAGAAUAUAAAACAUGUUUUCAGUUAUUUCAAUUUUUUUUGUUAAGUACAUAACUCCACAUGUGUUCAUUCAUAGUUUUGAUGCCUUCAGUGACAAUCUACAAUGUAAAUAGUCAUGAAAAUAAAGAAAACGCAUUGAAUGAGGAGAAGGUGUGUCCAAACUUUUGGCCUGUACUGUAUAUAUACCGGUAUGUUGAGAUAUUUACAUGGAAAGAUUUUGUUUUUAUUUAAUUCCCGAGCACGGCCACCACUGCUGCUCACUGCUCCCCUCACCUCCCAGGGAUGAGUCAAAUGCAGAGAGUAAUUUCACCACACGUACUGUGUGUGUGACUAUCAAUGGUACUUUGACUUUAUACCAUAAUAGUUUCCAAACGGUGCCUGUAACAUGGCAGUAAAACGCUUGAUCAAACAAUACAGAAAAGUUAUUGAUGGCUUUAUUCAUCCUUUAUGGGAUGAAUAAGAUUUUCCUUUUAUUAAUAGGGUUAAAUAUGUUAGGUUUCUUCUUCCUUGUACAGUACUUUGUAAACAUUUUUGAGUUUGAACAGUUUCUUAAAGUGUAUCAUUUUAGUUUGAUUUCCAUUCCGUAAUAAACCAUAGAUCAGCCGCACAUUUGUAUAAACACAUGGUUCAAAGUUUGGGGGGAAAGAAGUAUCAGCUUUUAGUCCAGAAAAUACGGUAAAUUAAUUUAAUAUUCAUAUGCAGAUGGAAUACGGUUAAUGUCAACAAACUGACCUGACCCCUCACAAUUACAUGUGUCCCAUACAUCCAUUUUCUAUACCGCUUGGCCUUUAUAGGAUCACAUCUGAGCUGGAGCCUUUUACAAUAUGUUUUAUGUUACUCUGACUUGCAGUGGUUACUUUAUUUGUGCUUAAUGCUGUUGUUGUCAACCAUUUGUUUUACAUGUGUCUUAUUUCAAGGAAAUGGCAACAACGGCUUGUUUCCUAAUAAAGUUUUGGUAUCAA